AUGCGCUUCCUUCUCGUCGCUGUGGUGGCAAUGAUGGCCCUCGUUUCCAGCUCCACUGCUGCGGUCGCUGAGACGUCAAAUGACAUCAACACGAUGAACAACAACCAGGAAUUUGCUCGAUCUCUGCGCAACACGGAGGAGCGCUCGAUUGCGGCAAUUCUCGCCGAAGCGGGUGAAGAGGACCGCGCAGCGUGGAGGAUCAAUUAUCGUGCCUGGUACAAGGCUAAGCUGACGCCGACGCAAGUCAAGACGGUGCUGGGCGUCUCCCAAGCAGAGAUGAAUAAUGUUGCGAAGCAACUCCAGCGACUAUACCUCGGCUACUACUCCUUCUACACGGCGAUGGAGAAGAAGAAAGAAGAGAAGAAGAGGCUGGCCACACCUUGA